CGCGGUUUUGUCGUGCCACGAGGGAAAAGGUGUGUCUUAUACUCCGAAAAAUACAGUAAGUUCUCCUUCACCCUCUUUCCUCCACAACCCCUGGGCGGUGGGCUCAUCCAAGGUGACCCAUCCUCUGCUCCAGAGUGAAAUUGGAAAUAUCCUGGUUUCCGGUCUGGUCCCUUUCCCACAGCUCCCCUUUGACUCUGGUUUGCCUUCCAGAUGCCCCCUCCAGUUCGCACCACCGUCGUCAGCGCAGUGCCGGUCAUGCCUCGUCCCCCGAUGACGUCCGUGGUCCGCUUACCACCCGGUUCCGUCAUCGCCGCUCCAAUGCCCCCCAUCAUCCACGCCCCCCGGAUCAAUGUCGUCCCGAUGCCGCCCUCGGCUCCGCCUAUUAUGGCCCCACGGCCUCCUCCCAUGAUUGUACCCACAGGCUACAGACAGGGACCAGUCGGCAGUCCAGCUUUUGUUCCAGCGCCCCCCGUAGCUCCUGUUUCUGCUCCGUCCCCCAUGCCUCAAGUCCACCCCCCACCCCCCAUGGAGGAUGAGCCGGCCUCCAAGAAACUCAAGUCCGAGGAAAACCUGAUGCCGGAGGAAGAGUUUCUCCGCCGAAACAAGGGUCCAGUUACCGUCAAGGUCCAGGUCCCGAACAUGCAGGACAAAACGGAAUGGAAGCUGGGUGGCCAAGUCCUGGUGUUCACCCUCCCGCUCUCCGACCAGGUUUCCGUCAUCAAGGUGAAGAUUCACGAGGCCACCGGCAUGCCCGCCGGGAAACAGAAACUCCAGUACGAGGUGAGUCCCCCGGCCUUGGAAAUGGAACCCCUUCCGCUUCCGAUGCCACAAUUCACCAGGUAGAUCCUCCUUCUUUACUCCAGCUGUAGUCUUCCUGACACAGAGUCACUGGCUUAGAAUGAACUUUCUCCCCCUUGUUUCCUCUUCCACCGCUUCUCAGCUUGAAUUACUUCCCGUAAUCAUUGGCUGUGAAUGCCAACCGGAUAUUCUUUGGAGAACAGAAUAGAAUUAGAAUAGAAUUAUAAUUGGAUGAGAAGAGAAGAAUGGAAUUAGAAUAAAAUAGAG